CAUCGCCCAAAAUAAUCACCAACCUCACCUCAUCUUUGCUUCCACGAGCACUCAAAUCUUACACUCACAUCUACAGAUUAUCCCCAAACAAAAUACGACCGCAUUCAAAAUGUCUGAGUCUACAUCUCCUCAGAAGGUUUGGCUGGCCUCUAAUGACAGCGCAAACAUCGAAGUCGACCGCGUUGUCGCCGAGCGAUCAAUGCUGAUCAAGAACAUGCUCGAGGAUGUUGGUGACGAAAUCACCCAGGGCAACCCUAUUCCUAUUCCCAACGUCAACGAGGCAGUCCUCCGCAAGGUUAUCGAGUGGUGCGACCACCACCGAAACGACCCUCCUCAGGCUCAGGAUGAUGAAUCCGACGCUCGCAAGAAAACUACCGACAUCGAGGAGUGGGACCAGAAGUUCAUGCAGGUCGAUCAGGAGAUGCUCUUCGAAAUUAUCCUCGCGUCUAACUACCUCGAUAUCAAGCCCCUUCUCGACGUUGGAUGCAAGACCGUCGCCAACAUGAUCAAGGGCAAGGCACCCGAGGAAAUCCGCAAGACCUUCAAUAUUACCAACGAUUUCACUCCCGAGGAGGAGGAGCAGAUCCGCCGUGAGAACGAGUGGGCUGAGGACCGCUAAACUGCUUCGAUCUUGCUACAGAACAAAAUUGAGGGGGGAGUCUCGAACCGGUUUCUCUACCCCGAUUCUCAAAUGUGUUGCCGCAGAUUCUUUCACAUCGCGGUCGCCCAGGCCUGAACGGCACGAAUGUUAUGAGUCACAGGGGUCUCAUUAGGCGUUAGAGUUUGGUUUUCCGGGUUGCUUGGCCAGAAUUUUGGCGCGCGUGAACGCCGAUAAAGGCUUCUUCAGCACUGCUUACUGCAUGACGUUGCUUGAAAAGCACUUAUCGAAAGAAAGGUCUAGCUAGAUUAUCAUUGCUGGGCAGAUAGAACGUCACUUAGGUUUUGAGACAGGACCUUAAUACACGUUUGCCGUAAUGUUCUUGUGUUGGCAAUGCCCAUCAUGAUCCGAUACGUGGCAGGAUGUGAAGACGAUUAGAAGCGUAACGGAUUCUCACAAGUGUAGGGCGUGACGUGAGUUGAUUCGGCUAUUUUAAGAGUGCGUGGUGCAUCUUGAAGUGUACGGUCAGCCGCUCAACAAGACGGCACAUAGCAUCGUUUGCUUUGCGGUUCACGGGUCAAGUGGACAGCAUCCGUGUAGUUCAGGCCCGUUUCUUUUUGGGGGCAUCAUAUCUUUGCAUUCCUUUUUCCCUAUGACCGUCCGUGACAUGCAGUAACCGUGAUAAUCGAUAAACCAGGCAUCCGGCCCAUCCCCCACCGUGUGCACGCGCGUACGCUAACAACACGGUCCCAUAGUUCACGCCAUAACAAAUCAAUCCAUCCUUUCCUUUAACAUCGUGAUACCAUGCCCAAGAGAGAGAAAGUCGGGUGCUGGGGGCGGACAACGGUUGAGAACGAGUAGCUUAGAUACCGAUGCGGGUCU